AUGAGGGAAAAACCAUAUAAAUGUUUGGUGUGUGGAAAGAGCUUUGCUCAGAGUUCACAGCUUACUAUCCAUCAACGUAUCCACACUGGGGAGAAACCAUAUAAAUGCUUGCAUUGUGAAAAGAGCUUUGCUCAGAGUUCACAGCUUACUAUCCAUCAACGUAUCCACACUGGGGAGAAACCAUACAAAUGCUUUCAAUGUGGGAAGAGCUUUGCUCAGAGUUCACAGCUUACAAUCCAUCAACGUGUCCACACUGGCGAGAAACCAUAUAAAUGCCAGGAAUGUGGAAAGAGCUUUGCUCAGAGUUCACAGCUUAUUAUUCAUCAAUAUAUCCACACUGGUGAGAAACCAUAUAAAUGCCUAGAAUGUGGGAAGAGCUUUGCUCGGAGUGACAACCUAGCAGCUCAUCAACGUAUCCACACUGGGGAGAAACCAUAUAAAUGCUUGGAGUGUGGAAAGAGCUUUGCCUAUAAUACACACCUUACUGUUCAUCAACGUAUCCACACUGGGGAUAAACCAUAUAAAUGUUUGCAGUGUGGAAAAAGCUUUGCUCAGAAUUCACAGCUUAUUAUCCAUCAUCGUGUCCACACUGGGGAGAAACCAUAUAAAUGCAUAGAAUGUGGAAAGAGCUUUGCUCGGAGUGACAACCUUUCGGGUCAUCGAAGAAUCCACACCGGGGAGAAACCAUAUAAAUGCUUGGUGUGUGGAAAAAACUUUGCUCACAAGACACACCUUACUGCCCAUCAACAUAUCCACACUGGGGAUAAACCACAUAAAUGUUUGCAGUGUGGAAAAAGCUUUGCUCAGAAUUCACAGCUUAUUAUCCAUCAACGCGUCCACACUGGGGAGAAGCCGUAUAAAUGCCUGGAAUGUGGAAAGAGCUUUGCUCGGACUGACCGCCUAGCUGCUCAUCGACAAAUCCAUACUGGGGAGAAACCAUAUAAAUGCUUGCAGUGUGGAAAUAGCUUUGCUCACAAAACACACCUUACUUCCCACCAACGUAUCCACACUGCAGAUAAACCA